CAAUGACUUGGAUGAAGAUGCUGACUCUGGCUUUUUCCCAGAAAGAAGCACUGCCGGAAGAUGUUUCAUCUUCUCUGAUGACAGAAAGCCCUCGGGAAGACGUUAUUCUGUUGGGAGUGAAGAGGUCCACAUGCAGGGGAGCAUCAUCUGCUGCCGAGGUGUUUCUUGAACUCCCCAGUGCGUCACAGAGCUGCUGUGUUUUGGAGCGUCCUGCUUAAAUCCUCAGAAGAAAAUCUGCCAACAACCAAAAAUGACUUGAGGUGGAGAGCUGCUGCCUCAUCCACAGGACCAGCUUUCUGCCCCGUGUUCAUUGUCCCAUUUGGAUGCACCAUACACUAUGGUUCACGUCAAUGUGUUGAAAAAAUUAAUGUGUGUUCUUGUGGUGAUACUGGUAGCGCUGACAAUUUGCCUGUGGAGAGAGACGAGAAGAAGCUACUAUGUUCCUUUCAAGACUGAGACUGAUGAUUUACAGACUUCAGAAAAGUGGAACCCACUUAAAUCUCAGGGUCUUUUCCGUGAAGCAGCCAGUGAACUGGGGGUGAUACCAAAAACAUGGUUUGGUAACCACAACCAAGUAAAAGACAGCAUUUCUGGAAUAGCUGAGAAGUCCAAGAAAGUAACAGACUCUAUGAAGGUAUGGGAUAAGGACAGUUCAUCAAGAAAUCUCAUACCUAGGCUGCAGAAGGUCAGGAAAAACUACCUGUCCAUGAACAAGUACAAUGUGACUUACAAGGGGAAGAGGAAUGCUGCUAAACUCAGCCCAGAGAAGCUGCUCUGCCAGCUACGGAACAGGGUGAACGUCACCAUGAUACAGGGGUCCGAUGGCCCUUUUGAUACCUCUGAAUGGCAGCAAUACCUACCAGGGAAAAGCCUCAAUGAAACAGUGGGCCACCUGGGUCGCUGUGCUGUCGUGUCCUCAGCAGGGUCUCUGCGAUCAUCUCAUCUGGGACAAGAGAUAGACAGCCAUGAUGCCGUCUUGCGAUUCAACGGGGCUCCUAUCAAGGGGUUUCAAGAAGAUGUGGGGCAAAAGACAACCAUUCGUCUUGUGAACUCCCAGCUCGUAACCGUUGAGAAGCAGCAGUUCCUGGGAGAAGCACUAUAUAACACUGGAAUCUUAAUUGUCUGGGAUCCAGCACCAUAUCAUGCAGAAAUUCAUGAGUGGUACAAGAAACCAGACUACAACUUUUUUGAAAGCUAUAAGUCUUAUCGGAGCACACAUCCAGAGCAGCCCUUCUAUAUCCUGAAUCCAAAAAUGCAGUGGCAACUCUGGGAUAUUCUGCAGGAGAAUUCCCUGGAGCAAAUUCAGCCUAAUCCACCAUCAUCAGGAAUGCUUGGCAUUGUGAUCAUGAUGACGCUCUGUGACGAAGUGGACGUGUACGAGUUCCUCCCUUCCAAACGGCAGACUGACAUUUGCCACUAUUACCAGAGGUUUCACGACCGUGCCUGUACCAUGGGAGCUUACCACCCCCUCCUGUUUGAGAAAAACUUGGUGAAACAUAUAAACCAGGGCACAGAUGAGGACAUCUAUAUCCAUGGGAAAGCUACUUUGCCCGGCUUCCGAAAUGUGCAUUGCUAGUAGAUCAGUUUUUAGUGUGUUUAGGAGUCAUUUACUUGACUGUCAAAGCACUUUUGAAAUCAGGGUUGUCAGAUUCGUUAGGUCUAAGCACUGGUGUGUUUUGACAGCUCUUCCACAUUGCAACACUUGCUCUUAGGACUGCUUUGCCUAACUUCUCCCAGCUGUAAAGCAGCGUUAAUACAUUGAGGUACAUCCACGUGGUGCCUGCACGAGUCACUGCAAUAAAUUUACUCCCAGUGGAGCCAGGCUCGUGCAGCGGGUGGAUAUUUGUGUCUUCAUGUCAACCCAUGGCGUAUGGGCGGCUCAGGAGAUGCUUUCUAAGCAGAGAUUGCACAAGCCAGGAUCAAAUGUUGGCUGUAGUUCGGUUUACUUCAAAGGGGCUAUGAGAGCCAAAAACCUGGUCCAUUGAGAACAAAAGAAAUAAUGUAAACCUUGUUACCAUCGUCCUAGGAGUUCUUUGGAGCGGAGCUGAUAGAUGGAAACAGUGUCAAAGCUGUGUGCGGGCAGGCUAAACUCCUAGUACAAAAUAUUGGAUUUUACAAACAGUUUGUAAAAUAACUGUGGCAACUUCCUUUCAAAUUGUAGGACUUCUGAGAGCAGGAGGAAUAUUUGGUGAAGGAAGAGGGAGGUAAUUCACAAUUUGGUGAUUCUUGCAAGACUUUUAAAUCUUUUUCCUUUUUUUUUUUUUUUUAAUUGCUUAAAAUAAAUGUGAGUUAACAUUAA